AGUUAAAGAAAUAGAACUAGAUCUAAAUAAAUGAUUUGAUUUUCUUUGAGACGUUUUAUUGCAAGCCGAGUGAAAACGCAUGGGCAUGAUGUUUUGAGUCAUUUCUUGACGUCAUAAAUAACUAUAUUUAGUUUGGUUGACCCACGUGACCAAACACUAACUAAACUAAGAUGGCUGCGUUAAUAUCUGUUCCGCUAAAAAAGACUUACGAAGUCGAUUUAGUAAAGCCUCUUAGAACUUUUAUUCAGAACACAUUUACACAGGCUAAUUCAGAUGACUAUAAUCAGGCUCUUAGUGAGUUUAAUAAACUCAGAAAUACUAUGAUUACCAAAUCUGUGGAUAAGCAUGAAUCAGCCUUGGAAGUUUUGUACAGAUAUUAUGAUCAGCUGGUUGCCAUUGAAAACAAACUGCCCAUUGCAGAAAAUCAGAUACGUGUUCAGUUUAAAUGGAGAGAUGCAUUUGAUGAAGGUUCCUUCUUGUCUGGCAAAAGAACUCUAGCCAUUGCAUCUGCUGCUUACGAGAAAGUAUGUUUGCUGUUCAACAUUGCUUCACUACAGUCCCAGAUAGCUGCUGCCCAGAAUCAAGAAAAUAACGAUGGCUUAAAGUUGACAGUGAAACUGUUUCAGCAAGCUUGCGGAAUUUAUGGACACUUGAAAGAUAUAGUUCUGUCUCAUGUACAACAAGAUCCUACACCAGAUUUAAAUCCUGACACACUGAGUGCUCUGAGUUCUCUAAUGCUUGCACAAGCUCAAGAGGCUAUUUAUAGAAAGGCAACUCAAGACAAAAUGAAGGAAGCCAUGAUAGCUAAAUUAGCUUAUCAGACAUCAGAGCUGUAUUCUGAUGCUAUGAAAUUGAUGCAGUUAGGAUCCAUCAGAGACUUAUGGCCAAAGGAUUGGUUGCCCACUGUUGUUAUGAAGCAAGCAGGAUUCCAUGCCAUGGCUGAGUUUUAUCAAAGCAUUGUAGCACAACAGACCAAGAGUUAUGGUGAAGAGAUUGCCAGACUGCAGCAUGCACAGGAAUUGUUAGCAGCUUCUCAGAACAGAGGUGGUGCCACUUUCAAUUUCAAAGCAGAGCAAGCAAAAAUCCAGAGAGCAUUAGAUACAGCCACCAAAGACAAUAACUUCAUAUAUCAUGAUAAAAUACCAGACUUGAAAACACUGCAGCCUAUUGGCAAGGCUGUGGUGGCCAAAGCUGCCCCAGUGGCACAGCCUAUGAGUACAAAAUUCACUGAUCUAUUUGAGAAAAUUGUACCACUUCCUGUCCAUGAGGCUCUGACAGCCUUUGAGAACCGCAAGUCACAGAUAGUCAGCAUGGAAGUUGGUAGGCUUAGGAAUGCUACAGAGAUGAUGAACAGUGUUCUAGCAUCUUUGAACUUGCCUGCUGCUCUUGAAGACUUGUCUGGGGAGAGAGUUCCUCAAUCAGUUUUGGAGAAGGCUCAACAGAUUCAAGAACUGGGAGGUCUGACCAAGCUAGACAAACUCAUGAGUGAUUUACCAGAGUUACUCACAAGGAACAGAGAAAUUCUCGAUGAGAGUAUCAAAGCGUUAGAUGAUGAAGAGAGGUCUGAUGUACAGCUUCGGGAACAGUUCAAGGAGAGGUGGACCAGGACGCCCUCUGCUUCACUGACCAAGCCUAUGAGAGAUGAAGCCAUGAAGUACAAAAAUAUACUGGACACUGCCAUCCAAGCUGACCACAUAGUUAAAAAUAAAUAUGACACACACAAGAAUGCUAUUGCCCUGUUAUCUAAACCAAAGGCUGAACUAGAAACUGCAUUGCCUGCUGCAAGUGCUGCAGGGUCUCUUCAGAACAGUGCAGUGGUCAAAAAGUUAAGGGAUCUUAUAGAACAGGUAAAUACUAUCAAAGCAGAAAGAGAUGUGAUUGAAGUGGAGGUGAAAGAUGCUAAAUGUGACAUGAGUAGUAAAUUUUUUGCUGCCCUUGCCUCCGAGGGCAUGAUCAAUGAAGAGGCCAUUUCUCAGGCAGAGUUGGAUAGAAUCUACUCACCAUUGAGGGAGCAGGUGUCUGACAGUAUACACAGGCAGGAGAUGGUUCUAGCACAAAUACAGAAUGCCAACACAGAGUUUUGUAAUGCUAAAACAUCCAACCAAAAUGCUGCCCAGAGAGAGACACUUUUAAAAGACCUUGCAGCUGGUUUUGACAGUUUCAUGGAGUUAAAAUCAAACAUCGAGGAAGGAACCAAGUUCUACAACGACCUGACCCCAUUGCUUGUCAGGUUGCAGACUAAAAUCAAUGACUUCUGCUUUGCACGCAAGACAGAGAAAGAUGAACUGAUGGCUGACCUCCAGAAGGCAAUAGUGAACACGCCUUCACAGGCCCCGCCAAUAACCCCACGCUAUCAGGGAGGUCCCCCGCAAGAUAACAAUUCUAAUGCCCCUCCGAUCCCAGCCCCACGAAAUGCGCCAGCUCGUCCUCCCCCACCACGUCCUCCCCCACCAGAAGUGCCGACAUCAACACCAGCAGCAGCAGGAGGCUCCGCACCCUCAGGGGCCACAAGCACACCAAAUCCUCCUGCCACAUCUUCUGCUCCUUCACUUCCUUAUCCAGUAAAUCCAAAUCAACCAGGAAUGACUCAAAACCCUUUUGGACAACCUGGCAACUUCCCAGGUGGCAACUGGCAGGCUCCAUACCCACCCCAACCAGGUCAAGGAUAUCCAAUGCCUCAGAUGCCUGCAGGGUACAACCCUUAUAACCCAUACAUGGGUUACCCUGCCCAGAAUGCCUAUCCUCAGCAAGGACAGAAUCCACCAGGCUAUGCCCCUCCAUAUGGGCAGCCAUAUCCUUAUCCACAGCAGCAGCCCCCUCAGGCAGGAUACCCAUAUCCAGGUUAUCCUGGGCAACAAUACCGUUGAGCACAGAAGAAGACAAUCGUGAUGCUAGCCGUUUGUGAAUGUAUUCGUCAGCCAUGUCAAAUUUAGAGCUUGUCCAAUUUUAACACUAUUAUAUAGAUAUUGUUAUUCCCAGUAUAAAUACUAGAAGUGAAUUUGAAUUAGGCUUGUCAGAUAAAUCAGCUCUCUGUAGUAGGUCUUCACUCUUUUAUGUUCUCAAUAGUAUCAAAUGUCUGUCUGACUUGCAGGUGUCUUUUGGAACAGAAUAAUGAAAUACAUAUAUUUUUUAAAAUAUUAUUUUGUAAUGAAAAGAAAUCUGGUUAUGAAAGCUGUUCUAAUGUCAGUGUAAGACAAAAGUUCUUAUCAAUUAUUGUUUCAUGUGGAUUGUUGUUGUAAAUCUCUGUAAAAAAUACAAUUAUUUAUAUGAUUUAAUACAUUUUAUGAUAAACCAAUUUAACUUUUUUUUUGCAAGUAUGCAAAACCUAUAAAUAAAUAUGAAUUUGUUCAAUAGUAAACACGAAUGCUGAUUUAUUGAGGUUAUGAAAUAAUAUUGCCUUUGUCUUUUCAAAAGAAAUUUAGCUUAUAUAAUUGUUCUCAUUAACAGGACAGUGAGUAAUUAUUUUAACCAUUCCAUAUUUGUUUUUUUUUAUAAGACUGCUUGUAGGGAUAAAAUAAUAGUUGAACCAGAGAAGUAACCUAAUAAUUGUCUUCUGGCAUGUUUGUAAAAAUAGAAAUAUUAUCACCUCUGUUAGACAUUUGAUGCUGGAAUAUACAUUACUUAAUGCAAUGAAUUCACAUCUUGAUGUUUUAUUAUAUUUAUAAGACAAAUGUUACCAGUGCUGCACAAUUUUUAAUAAAAUGAAAAGUACAGGAAAAAAAGUCACGCUCACCCACAUACAAUUGACUUUAUUGAGAAUAGGAAUUAAUAGCCAGCAGUCUAAAAUGCAAGAGAAGAUACAGAUACAAUAUACAUGUUGAAAGUCUAGUAGACAGCCUGAUUAAGUGGUGUUACAUCAGUGUGCAUAUUGUGUGUGAGGAAAUAUUUUUGUAUAAAAUGGAUAAUUUUUUUUUAAAGGGAAACUCCGAUGGUUUUGACAAUUUUUGAUAUAAUAUGUGUUUUGAUUUACAGAUAAUGAAUAUAUUCUUCUUUUUUUUUAUUUGCAAUAAUAACUUAGUAAUUGGUGUUUUUCUGACGUAAUUUUCCUGCGCAUCCAAAACAGUCAGACUUUCACCGGGUUUCUAUGUGAUGUCACAAAGGUGUUUUAAUCUAUUGACUUAUUGUAUAACAGGAGACCAUACAGCAAAGUUUACAUUCUCGUAAAAGAAAUAUAUUUUCGUCUAUGCAGUUAGAUCUAGGAUCUUGUAAGCAAAGAAAAAAUGCGUAUUAAAAGUAGAUUUAUAUGUUGACUAAUCACGGCAGUGUGUAUUUUCUCGCCAGACCACUCAACACACAACAAACACUAUCGCUUGGUUUUCUUGUCAUGACUGACUACACGUAGUCUCGACUAGCCUUACACUGACCAGCUUGUUCGAAUCAUUCAGACACACGAUCUAUUUACUUCUUGGGAUAGGGAGAGGCUUAGAUGAAAAUGUUACUUUUUUUUCACCUAAUGCUUUUGGAUCUAUCUAUACAUGUUUAUAUAUAUAACUGUAUCAUAUCUCUGGACUAGGCCGUCACUAAGCCUAACAGCUACUGUAAGAAUGAAGCGAUACGAUUGGUUAAAUCAAGUUUCUCUUUCAGUAAUGUUUAGGGAAGUGACGUAUGAAAUAACUUAAAAUAAAAUCUCAAGGAAUCCCGUUUUUUUUUUAGAUGUCAAGAGUUUACUGACUAAUUUAUUCAAUAUAAAAUUUUCUAAGCAUUUAAAUAAAAAAUUAUAUAAUGUUUACUAUUACAACUUUUUACGCAGAAUUUAAAUAUGUCAAUAACUCAAAUUUGAAAAACUAUCGGAGUUUCCCUUUAACAAACAAACAAAAUAGUAGCUUAUCUUCAUUAUGAGCAGAUUUUAAUUUUGCUGCAUUUUUGUUUAAAAUAAUUUAAAAAAAAACAACAAGAAGUUACAAUAAAUGAAUUGAAAUGUCUGGAAUAUCUUUGUUGAAUCUAUUGAGUAGACCCAACUGUUACCAAUGUGAUAUGGUUUUCUCAGGCUGUUAAGUCAUGAUCCAUCUUGAAUCUAUAAAAAUACCAUUUUAAAAUGAAAACGGUGACAGAUGUGAAGCACAUUGAAUCUUAAAGUUGACCUAAUGGAUGAGAAACAUUUUGAAUGUUUAUUUAGUAUUUGUGAAACAGUUUUUUAUAUUUUAUAGGAAUUACACUGACAAUUUAAUCUAUAUUAGUCUCUUGUAAUGCAUUAUGACGCAAUACAUUUUAUUUGUUCUUGUUUCUUAUGUUUUUUUUUUGUUUUUGCGAUAACAAAAAGCUUUAGUUUUAUAAUUCUGUGCAAUGAAAAAAUUCAUUUCAUGCAUUAGUCUAUUCAUGACAGUAGACCUAUUCUACUUUCAUACAGUGCUUAGAUUAAAAUACAUUAAUUGUAUGACAAAACUAAGGUGUUUUAAAUGCAGUAGACAUUAGAAGUUUAUUUGUACACCUAAACAUUUCAUAUUUAAACCUAAUUGCAUGCAUUUCUUUACGUUGGCAUUCCUUUAUUCAUUCAUUAUAUGAUUUAUUUUUUGGUGUGCUUAUUCAACAUUUUAUUGAAUUGCAGACAUCUUUAGUUUAUUAUACAGAUUCCACUUAAAAUCAAAUUUUGGUCAAUUUUAUAAGUCUAAAAAUUAGUUUGUAAUUUUUUUUUUUGUGCACUGAAGAAUAUUUGUGUAUGCUUUAUUUCUGUGAGAGUUUUUUGUUUGCUACAAUUGAGUAGAGAAACCUAACACGAUAAAAGGAUGGGAACGCCAAAAUGGUGGACUGGAUUGUGAACUUGUUUCUUUUUUUUUUUUUUAAUAACUUUUAUCAAUAGAAAAACACACUUAAAAUUUAUUAUCAACUUCACCAAAUAAUUUCACCUAGGUAUUAAAAAAAAAAGUACUAAUCAAAUAUUUGAAUGACCUUACCUUGUUUUUAAAAAUCAGAAAAUGUUAUGUGCAACAGUUUGCCUGACAUUGUGACAUGUACUUCUUUCUUAAAAUGUUGAGAUUGAAUCUUUAGUUAAUUAUCUUGUGGAAAUGAAUUGCUUUUUUUUUGCCUUCAUUUUAUACAAUCAGAAUGAGACUAAACCUUUAAUAAAUAUGUUUUACAAAUUA